CCUGGUCAGGUUUACAUUGCAAAAAUAUUCGAGAGCGAGUGAGAAUAAUUCUGUGAGUUUUUGUUUCACACUGCAUUUGCUAAUUAAAUACAAAAUGGAUGAGAUAGGCAAGCAUUUGUCCAAAAUAAACGUGCCCUGCGGCAAUCCGCCCAUAUAUAAGGACGAAUGCGUAUUUUCUUACGACAAUCCAGAGACGCCAACCGGGCUCUAUGUGUGUCUGCAAAGCUUUUUGGGUUUCGGCGAGGCGUAUGUGUGCGAGUAUGCCGCGAAAACAGGCAACUGCGUGUUUUUGCACAUUAGGCGCGAGCGCAAAUUAAAAGAAGGCGAGUCCGCGCAGGAGGAUGUGGAUGGAGUGGCAGCGGGGCCGGAGCGAAAAAUAACUCGUCUUGCAAUUGGCGUUGAUGGCGGCUGUAAUGAGACUGAUAUGGCUAAGAAGUAUACGAUUAAGGAUACUUACAGCAUUGUCGUUGCACCGCAGCUAGACAAAAAGAUGCCCUAUCCGAAUCCGGAGCUGCCCAUGAAAGUUACACAGGCAGUGGAAGGUAUUAUUCAUUCCGAUUCCGCAAUUACCAAGCUGGACAAGGCAACCAUGACAGGAACCUGGGAUGGCGAGGUGCGUCAGGCGUCGCAAUAUGCAGAAAAUCUUCAACAGUUGGAUAAUGGCAAGAAGAUACCGCCUUCGGGCUGGAAGUGUGAAAAAUGCGACUUGACCAACAAUUUGUGGCUCAAUUUGACUGAUGGCUCCAUAUUAUGUGGGCGCAAAUUCUUCGAUGGCAGCGGUGGAAACGAUCAUGCUGUGGAGCAUUAUCGUGAGACUGGCUAUCCGCUAGCGGUCAAACUGGGCACCAUCACCGCCGAUGGCAAAUCGGAUGUGUUUUCAUAUCCCGAGGAUGAUAUGGUGCUGGAUCCGCAUUUAGCCAAGCAUUUAACUCAUUUUGGCAUCAACAUGGCUGCCAUGCAAAAGUGUGAGAAAUCCAUGGUGGAACUUGAGCUGGAGAUAAACCAGCGCAUAGGCGAAUGGUCUGUGCUAACGGAGAGCGAAAGCGAACUGCAGCCGCUGGCUGGUCCCGGCUUUACGGGAAUGCGCAAUCUCGGCAACUCGUGCUACAUUAACAGCGUCAUGCAGGUGCUCUUUGUCAUACCCGAUUUCCAGCAGCGUUUUGUGGGUAGUGGUGCUGAGCACUAUUUCCGUACUUAUCCCAGUGAUCCGGCCAAUGAUUUCAAUAUACAAAUGGCAAAGUUGGGCAAUGGCCUGCAGUCGGGCAAGUACAGCAGCAUUGCUGAUAAUACGCUGGACACAGAGCACAUGACUGGCAUAUCACCUGCCAUGUUCAAGAAUAUUGUGGGUAAGAAUCAUCCAGAGUUUAGCACCAAACAGCAGCAGGACGCCAACGAUUUUUAUUUGCAUUUACUCACCUUGCUCGAUCGCAAUUCACGCAAUCAGUGCAAUCCUGCGGAUGCGUUGAAGUUUCAGCUGGAAGACCGCGUGGAGUGCAUGGCCAGUCAUAAGGUGAAGUACAAGACCCGCGAGGAAUACAGCUUCCGCUUGCCCAUACCGCUAGAGCAGGCCACCAAUCUGGACGAUGUACGCGAGUAUCAGGAACGCGAGCAGGCGGCUCGCGCUACCGGCCAAAGACUCAUUGAUCGCGACAUUGUGCGCCACAAGGUGCCGCUCCAGGCAUGCCUAGAACGUUUCUUUGCUACCGAGCUCAUCGAUCAGUUCUACUCUGCUGCCAUCAAUGGCAAGACCACAGCGAAGAAGACCACCCGCAUGGCCACCAUGCCAGAUUUCCUUAUGAUACAUCUAGGCAAGUUUACGCUGGGCGAUGACUGGGUGCCCAAAAAGCUGGACGUGUCGGUGGAUAUGCCCGACGAUCUAGAUUUGGGUGAUUGGCGCGCCCGCGGUGGCCUUCAGCCGGGCGAAGAGCUGCUGCCUGAGACAGAAGCCGAGCCGGCCAAGUUUGUCUUUGAUGAGCAUGUCAUGUCCGAGCUGGUCAAUAUGGGCUUUCCGCAGGAGGCAUGCAAGCGCGCCUGUUUCCACACUUCUAACAGUAGCCUGGAGGCAGCGUCCAAUUGGCUCAUGGAGCACAUAGCCGAUGCGGAUAUAUCGGAUCCCUUUGAAGUGCCCAACACACGCAUAGGUGACGGCGCUGCAGAGCAGUUUGUAGCUAAUCCCGAAAGUCUGGCCAUGCUUAUGAGCAUGGGUUUUGAUGAGCGUCAGGCAGUGGCCGCCUUGAAAGCUACCGAUGGCAAUGUGGAGCGUGCUACCGACUGGAUAUUUUCACACGCUGACAGCAUUGAAGAACCACCAGCUGCUGCCGCCGCACCUGCAGCGGCACCUUCAACGGCAAAAAAUUACCGUGAUGGGGCUGGCAAAUACAAGCUGGUGGCAUUUAUCUCGCACAUGGGCACCUCUGCACAGGUGGGACACUAUGUCUGUCACAUUCGAAAGCAGGGGGAGUGGGUAAUCUUCAACGAUACCAAGGUGGCGAAGUCACAGAAUCCACCCAAGGAUUUAGGCUACCUAUACUUGUACAUGCGCGAAGAGUAGACACUAUGCUGAGCUGAUCUCCC